AUGCUGCAACAUGGGAACCAUCGUUUCCCGACUCCUGUGGUGAUCAUUGACGAGGUGAAGAAGACCACCAAUGCACGUGCUGACCAGCUUGGCGAGAAGAUGGAGCGUGCGAAGGAGACGCAGCAGGCCUCCCAUGAGAACGUGACCGCCCAGCUGCAGAAUCUCCAUCAGAAAACGGAGGCUGUCGAGACAAAUCUUGCCAACAAGCUCGACACCAUUCACCAGAAGCAGGAGGACUCGGAGGAGCUUCUCUCGGGCAAGCUCACCAAGAUCCACGAGAGGAUGUCGAGGCCACUCUCAGCAACACUCUCGGCGACAUCUUCCAGCGACAGGAGGACGUGA